UCGCGCUUCAAUAUUUCUCGCACCACGCUCGUUGUAUCAAACUCUCAUUAUCGACUAACAUAUGCUUCUGUCCCAUAUUUCAACGGUCUCUCUCUUUAUCGAACUAGAAGUCCUUCACAAUGAAAACACCCACUCACAGGCUAUUCAGCACUUGGCUUGGGAUUAUGACAGCUUAUGGACACAGCAUCGAUAACCUUGGCUCUGGAGAGUCCCAGAACCUCGUUCAGCGAAACCUUCCUCUAUCAGGGCUUGCUGGAUCUCAUUUUAACACUAGAUGCGGUCCCGGGGCGGGCGUUUGUGCAGAUAACUUAUGUUGUUCACCUUCAGGAUGGUGCGGCGCUACAAUCAAUCAUUGCCGGUCCCCUGAUUGCCAGUUAGACUACAGCAACGGCUGCGACGCCAAUAGAACUCCCCAGGGGCGACCGACUACAAACCUUCCUAGACCUCAUGUUGGAAAUGUGGCAUAUGGGCGCCGUGCUAUCUACUCAUGCACAGUCCCAAAGACACUCGCACUGACAUUCGAUGACGGGCCCAACCGCUACACCAACGAUCUUCUCGAUCUCUUAGAUUCGUACGACGCGAAAGCAACGUUCUUUGUCACAGGUGUCAACUCUGGUAAAGGCCAGAUUGACGAUUUCAACCUGCCUUGGGGCAAGUUAAUCCAACGUAUGCAUUGGAGCGGACACCAGAUCGGUAGCCAUUCGUGGUCUCAUCAGGAUCUCAGCAAGGUUACUCCGUCAGUACGCCAGGAUCAGAUCCUCAAGAACGAGGCAGCCUUGCGUAAUAUCAUGGGCGGUUUUCCAACAUAUAUGCGUCCUCCUUAUUCCAGCUGCAGUCUUGAGUCUGGGUGUCAGGAUGCUGUCGAGGAGCUCGGUUAUCAUAUCAUAUAUUUCGAUCUGGAUACCAACGACUACAACAAUGAUAGCCCCGACCUUAUCCAGCGCUCCAAAGAUGCGUUCGAUCAAGCCAUGGCUCGGCGGGAUAGACCUGAUAAGCCGUUUUUGGUCAUUUCCCACGAUGUGCAUGAACAAACUGUCUAUAACCUGACGGCCUACAUACUGGAGAAGGCGCGUCAGAAUGGCUACCGUGCAGUUACCGUCGGAGAAUGCCUGGGCGAUCCUCGAGAUAACUGGUAUCGUUGGGAUCACGACGCAGUUUUAUUCGAUUCGGGGAACCAGAGUAUGAAGUCACGGCAAUAAAGCUGACAAGACUGAA